AUGGGCCGACUAUUGCUUCUGGCGCCUCUUUUCUUCGCGGCUGUAAACGCAACUGCUACGUGCUGGUAUCCAGAUAAUAAGACUUCGGAACCUACGCAUGUGCCAUGCAACCAAACGACCUCCACAGCUUCGGCAUGCUGCGACCCUAAUGACUCUUGCUCUGUGAGCGGCUUCUGCUUGGAUCCCGAGACACAGAAAGCAGAGCCCUUCUGGGCAGCUGUAUGGUCGUGUACACCAGCUGGCACCCCACCUACUAAGUUUUGCUGUGGGUUUGGGCCGGAAUCUUGCUGCAAUAGUUCGUUCACGCUCGGGACAACGGGCGUUGCGUUCAAGCCCGGACUCGACGCUUACGUGCAGUCGAUUUCCGCUGCUGCUGUAUCGUCUGCCAUGGCAACCGUCAUAGCCAGCACAGUGACCAGUACCACUCCUUCGCCUGCUCAGGCAACUACUUCGCAGACUUCGCAAAGUGUCGAGGCAAAUUGUAGCAGCAGUGGCGAUGACCUGGGAACGAAGAUCGGUGUAGGGAUCGGUGUACCGCUUGGGGUUAUGGCGGUUGGGAUAUUGAGUUUCUUGUUCUGGAGGGAGAGCAGGAGGAGGGAUGGCGGUGGGGGGAUUGGCCUUGUAGAUUUGAAGGGGGCGGGAAACGGAGAAGUGUAUCGCCCUCCACAGCCCUGGAAAGGCCCAAUGUCGCCGGUGCAGAUGCGGAGUUACUCGCCGGAUCAGCAAAAGGUCUACCCUUGGUCGCCCGUAGCGCCGCCACACGAGAUUGAUACUUCUCCUCGUGUGCAAGAACUACCAAACCCUGGCUUGGGGAAACAAUGA